UCAGACCAAACGCACCCUCGUUCUCUCUCCUCUGUUGCCGCUUCUCUGUAUAAUGGCAACAUUCUUGAAAACCCACGUAAACUUCCAAGAAGAACAACAAAUCACCGCCGAAAUCCAAGAAACCACUCAAAUCCACCACCUAAGCAGCCGCCACCCGCCGUGGUAUUCACCAGAAACUGGAAUAUACAAAAGCAAACACCCCUCCAUUGAAUUGCCGUCGGAGCCUUUUCUUGAUGUGGUGUCAUUUAUUUUGUCCCAGAAGCAUAAUGGAAUCACUGCUUUUAUUGAUUCUUCAUCUGGGUUUUCAGUUUCUUAUUCGCAGUUUUUCUCAUUGGUGAAAUCCAUGGCCAGUGGACUACACCAAUUAGGUGUAAAACAAGGUGAUGUAAUCUUUAUUUUGCUGCCAAAUUCUAUUUACUUCCCUGUAAUUUUCUUGGGUGCUCUGAGUUUAGGUGCAAUUGUGACUCCAAUGAAUCCAUUGAGUAGUUUGUUAGAGAUAAAAAAACAGGUUGUUGAUUUAAAUCCAAGAUUUGCAUUUUCGGUUCCUAAUAAAGUGGAUGAAUUGAGAAUUGCAUUAGGAGGUUGUUCUGUAGUUGGGGUUCCGGAUUAUGUAAAUUUUGAUAGAAUCCCCAGUGAAAGUGAUUAUCUUCACAAGAUUAUUUUCAGUGAUCCACUUAUGGCUCCAAGGCCUAAAAUUAAGCAGCAUGACACUGCGGCGAUUUUGUAUUCAUCAGGCACCACUGGAAGUGUUAAGGGUGUUGUGUUAACACAUAGGAAUUUUAUGGCCAUGAUGGAACAUUUUGUAAGAUUUGAAUCUUCGCAGUAUGAUUAUCCGAGCACAAGUAAUAUCUACUUGGCUACUGUCCCAAUGUUCCAUAUUUAUGGACUUUCCCAAUUUGUUAUGGGAUUAUUGUCAUUGGGUACUACUGUUGUUGUCAUGAAGAAAUUCGAUGCUGAUGAGAUGGUAAGAGCUAUAGAUGGAUACGGUGUAACUCAUUUUCCCACUGUGCCGCCUUUAUUGAUGACAUUAAUAAGGAAAGUCAAGAGUUCUCCAGGCAAUAGUUUUGGGAGCUUGAAACAGGUUUCAUGUGGUGCAGCUUCAUUGAGCUCGAAAUUGAUAGAGGACUUUAUUCAUACUCUCCCUCAUGUUGAUCUCAUUCAGGUACUCGUUUGUGUAUAAUGUUAAGCGGUUUUAGGCUUUUUAGCUUGCAUGUUGUGAUCUUCUUUAUAAGGUGCUGGACUUAUCCGAAAUCCUAUAUUUUAGUUUUGUUAGAUGCAAUCUAGUACAGGAAAAUAAAAAAUGAAUUUC